AUGAAGAUUGCCAUUAGCUUCGCUUUACUUGCAGUGCUUCUUGGAUCAUCCCACGCAACUGAUUCUGGGCUUCAAAGCGGAGAAACCUCGCAACGCAAAUUGGACCUAGCGGGCACUCCCCUUGAACAUAUCGUCGGGAGCCUGUGCCCAUGCUUCACUUUUGAUGACCUCCUCCAAACCUUCGGUGGAGUAGCCGUCGAUCUCUGUACUGCCCCUUCGGAUCCCCAAACUGGUCUUCCAUUUGGAGGGCUGAUUGCAGAAGAUCUUCAUGAAAAUGAUGUGAGGGCUUGUGCUGGCAACUUCUGUGGUGGGGGUUGUAGCUUACGUGACAGCAAAUUUGGCAUUGAUGAGUUCAAUGCCACCAUUUCUGACAUGGAAGAGACAGAAUGUAUCUUGAACGUAAAAUUGUUCUGUUCUGGCUUUGAAACACUCAGGACCAACACUCCAGGCCCUGCUACAGCACCCCCCUCUUCCCUUGCCCCUGCCACAGAAACCCCAUCUCGGGCACCUGCUACAGCAACACCCUCUCGGGCCCCUGCUACGGCAUUCCCCUCUUCCCUUGCCCCUGUUACGGCAACCCCAUCUCGGGCACCUGCUACAACAAACCCCUCUCGGGCCCCUGCUACAGCAACCCCCUCUCGGGCCCCUGUAACAGAAAGCUCAUUGACUCGGGCCCCUGCUACAGCAAACCCCUCUCGGGCCCCUGCUACAGCAACCGCCUCUCAGGCCCCUGUAACAGAAAGCCCAUUGACUCGGGCCCCUGCUACAGCAAACCCCUCGCCCCCCUGCUACAGCAAACCCCUCUCGGGCCCCUGCAACAGAAAGCCCAUUGACUCAGGCCCCUGCUACAGCAACCCCCUCUCGGGCCCCUGUAGCAGAAAGCCCAUUGACUCGGCCCCUGCUACAACAAACCCCUCUUCCCAUGCCCCUGUUACAGCAACCCCCUCUCGGGCCCCUGUAACAGAAAGCCCAUUGACUCGAGGAAGUGCCACAGUGGGUCCAUCUUCCAGAGCAACAAACCGUCCCCUGGUCACACCAACAAGCAAUGUCUUUACCAUGACCAAUGAUAAAAGCCUGAACGAGGUUCUCAUGUUCAGCCGUGAUGACCAAACUGGAACCAUCCAUUUUGUCGAGUCUUUUGUCACCAGUGGCAGAGGAGGAGCUGCCCAAGAGGGCCCCAAUGACCCCCUUGCAUCCCAAGAUUCCCUCAUCUUGACCACCAACGAUGAGUGUCUUUUGGCAGUCAAUGCUGGAUCUGAUUCUGUGACAAGCUUUGCUGUUAAGCCCGAUGACCUCAUUAACGCAGGAGUCUACCACACAAAUGGAGCAUUCCCAUUGAGUGUGACUGAAAAUGCUGAUCUGGUGUACAUUUUGAAUGCUGGUGGUGAAGGUAGCAUCAGUGGCUUCAUCAAGCAACAUGGCUGUUUCUUGACACCUAUCGAAGGAUCCACAGUGUCGCUCAACAUUACUGAUGGUCAGAGCCCACCCUUCUUCCUUGUAGCUCCAGCUCAAAUUGGCUUUACACCUGAUGGAUCGCAUCUUGUUGUGUUGAUCAAGGGAAGAACCGAAGGAAGCAUUUUGCUGUACCCUGUUGACUACACAACAGGUCUUUUGGGAGAACCCACUCAAACCCGUUCUGUUGGUUUCACCCCAUUUGCCUUUGAGUUUGAUGAUCGUGGCAACUUGCUUGUGGCUGAAGCCUUUGGUACCGCCUCCAGAAUCCCAGCUGUUCAGGGUCCCACUCUCAAUGCUGGUGGUGUCAGCUCCUAUGAGAUUGACUCUGCCACUGGUGAAUUGACCAACAUCACCACAUCUGAGGGAACUUUGCAAACUGCAACAUGCUGGAUUCAACGUCAUGCCGAGAGUGGUUGUGCCUAUACCACCAACAACGGAAAUGCCAAUUCCAUCUCAAGCUUGAGAGUUGAUUCAUAUUCUGGAGAAGUUACUUUGCUGCAACCAGUAGCAGCCAUUCUUGAUGCUCCCCUUGACAUGUCAAUUGUGGAUGAAUUCCUUUAUGUGCUCAGCACUGGCCACAGAUCCGAUGGCCAGCCCAGCAUUCAUGUCUUUGAGAUCACACCUUCAUCCUGUGAUCUUGAUCUUGUUGAGAUUGUCACAGACAAUAUCCCUCACGAGAAUGUGACAGUGUUUGGAGUUGUUGGCAUGGCUGCAACCAGGAUGUAA